AUGAAGCCACCACCUCCACCGCUCUCUAGCAAGGAAAGCACCACCAAUCUUCAGAAAGAAGCCCUAAACCCCAGUUUAGAGAAGAAAAAGAUCAGGUUUGUGUUUCCUUUUUCUUUUCGUUUACAAGUUCAUUUUCUUAUUCAACAUCAUACUUAUCUUGUAGAUGUGGUUGGUUCUUGGAAACCAUUAGUAUUGCUCCUAGCUGUUGAAGAUAAAGAUGUUUCCACCCAGUGUCUAGAUUCAAGGAUCAAAUCUUGCUUCACUGCCUACCUUCCAACAGGGUUACAAGGAAGAGGCAGGGGAGCUGGUUGA